UUUAAAUCAAAAUAAAUGUUUUCCUUUUUUUUCUUCAGCUACCAGAGGAGAAAAGGAAUAAUUAUAAAUGAAACCUCAGUAGUUGUAUAUGCCCAGUUACUCACUGGUCGUAGAUAUCAGCUAAAUCCAAAUGGUGAAGUUUAUUUGGAGAAGCAGUGGUCAAAACAAGUUCUUCCUUUUGUUUACCAAACUAUUGUCAAGGAUAUCAGUGCUUUUGACUCUCGUUUCUCCAACAUCAAAACCUUGGACGAUCUGUUUCCUCCUGGAAGCACAGUCUUUAUGCUGGGGACUCCUUACUAUGGCUGCACAGGAGAAGUGCAGGAUUCAUGUGAUGUUAUCACAGAAGGUAGAAUUCGUGUAGUUUUCAAUAUCCCGUGUGAACCCCAGCUUGAUUCCUUAAUACAGAACCAGCAUAAAUAUUCUGUGAAGUACAAUCCUGGAUACGUUUUAGCCAGUCGUCUUGGAGUGAGUGGAUAUCUUGUCUCCAGGUUUACAGGAAGCAUAUUUAUUGGAAGAGGAUCCAGGAGAAAUCCACAUGGAGACCACAAGGCAAAUGUGGGCUUGAAUCUGAAGUUUAAUAAGAAGAAUGAAGAGGUCCCUGGCUAUACUAAGAAGGUUAGAAAUGAAUGGAUGUAUUCUUCUGCAGUGGAGCAACUUCUUGCUGAGUAUUUAGAAAGGGUCCCUGAACUGUUUAGUUAUAUUGCCAAAAAUAGCCAAGAAGAUAUAUUCUAUGAAGAUGAUAUUUGGCCUGGGGAGGACGAGAAUGGUGCUGAGAGAGUUCAAGAAAUUGUUGCCUGGCUAAAGGCGCAUCCUGUCAGCGCUUUAUCUCGUUCAUCUUGUGACUUACAAAUUCUGGAUGCAGCUAUUGUAGAGAAAAUUGAAGAAGAAUUAGAGAAGUGCAAGCAAAGAAAGAGUAACAAGAAGGUGCGAGUGACGGUGAAACCCCAUUUGCUGUAUAGACCUUUAGAACAACAGAAUGGGGUUGUUCCAGACAGAGAUGCAGAGUAUCGACUGUUUGAUCGUGUUGUCAAUGUGAGAGAGAACUUUUCUGUUCCAGUUGGUCUUCGAGGUACCAUUAUAGGACUUAAAGGAGCAAGCAGAGAAAUGGAUGUACUCUUUGAAGUGUUGUUCGAUGAAGAAUUCUCUGGAGGCCUAACAAUAAGGUGCUCACCUGCUAGAGGUUAUCGUCUGCCAACAAGUGCCUUAAUUAACCUAUCUCAUGGUAGUCGGUCCGAAACAGGAAAUCAGAAACUGACAGCCAUAGUGAAACCACAACCAGCUGUGAAUCAUUACAACUCAUGCUCAUCUGAUUCAUCAUCUGUAUGCUCACAAAAAGUGCAUCUAGGAGGUCUCAACCAUUCUCCUCGUUCCCUUUUUGUUCCUACUCGACAACUGAAUGGAAGACAGCAUUACAAUCUCAGGGCUGAAAAUCAGGGCAAUUCCAUUUCACUACAGAAAGGAUCAUUUUUGGGCAGCAAUCAGAAACAAAAAGCUCAGAGUAAACAGGAUGAUGAAUUUUGCAGCAUUUGGCAAUCACUGCAAGGCUCUGGAAAAUCUCAACAUGUUCAACAAAAUAUGAAUGAAAAGGGUGCAAUCCUACCUCAAGAAACAAAGCCAGGAACUGACAACCAGUUGUACAAACCAGGCUUCAAUGAGAGUAUCCUUAAAGGCCAGCAAAGAAAACAGGAGCCAUUUAAAAAGUUUAAAGAAGAUUCUAAAGUUCCAAGAAAUGAAGGUCAAACACACAAAAUAUCAAAUAAACAGAAUUUUGCAGGAGCAAAUAAAUAUAAUGUUAAGCUUUUGAAGAGGAAUGAAAGUCCAAGUGUGCCUGUAAUUCAGAAGGCUUCAGUUGAUGAGUCCUGUAUAGCUGGGAAGAAGGACUCUGAACUUGAAAACCUUCUAGCAUCUUUGAAAAUUUCCAAAGAAAAUGAAGUGCAAUCAUCUUAUCCAAAGGAAGAAAGAAUCACCAAUGAAGAACAUCUGUCUCCACAGUCUUUUGCUAUGAAAGGAACACAGAUGCUCAAAGAAAUUUUGAAGAUUGAUGGCUCUGACAUAGAAACAAAGAAUGAAACGAAGCCACUGAUUAAUGAAGUUCCUGCUUCCUCUGCUAGGCAGGAUUCCCAUGGGGCUGCCAUGCAGCAUAGACAAACAAAAAAAAUGGCUGCUUACAUGAACAAGCCUCAUAGUGUAGGAGGCCCUCAUAAUGCUCAGGUUUUGGAAACUGGAGGUCACCCUCUCCUUGGCCCACAGUCUGCGUUGUCUACCCCAGUAUCUGAACUCUCUCGUAUUUGUUCCCUGGUUGGAAUGCCACAACCAGAUUUCUCUUUCCUCAGAACACCACAGACCAUGACAGUUUGUCAAGUAAAAUUAUCCAAUGGCUUAUUAGUACAUGGACCUCAGUGUCACUCUGAAAAUGAAGCCAAGGAGAGAGCUGCAUUUUUUGCAUUACAACGAUUGAGCUCUUUAGGAGUGAACUUUUCUUUGCCGCCACCUCCACCAGUGUUUCCAAAUUAUCAGUCCAUGGGAGCUCCUGUACCACCUGGAUCCAUUCCUCCAGUCUUCACCCAACCCACUGCUAAUAUGAUGCCUCCAUCAUCUCACAUGUUUGGUCCAAUGCCAUGGAGAGCUCCAGUGCCUAUUCAUGGCAAAUCUUAUUAUCCUGGUUCAUAUCCUGGGAAUAUGCCUCUUGCAGGAACUGUACCAGUUGGUACUCACAACCAGUUUAUUCCUCUACAGGUAACUAAAAAAAGGGCUGCUAGCAAGAAAAAUUUCGAGUUCAAAGAAUUCCAGAGUUCCCUUCAAGCUGUACCACUAAAGAAUGAACAGCUAAUGUAUUCUGACACCGACAAGCUCAUUCAACAAGAUACUUCAACUCCUUUAAAAUCUCCUCAAGCUGUUCAGUCUGCUGUUUCUUUUCAAGACAACGUAGCUACUCCAGGCGUUCCUCAUAACAAAUCAACACCAAACACUUCUAGCAAACGAAAGCCAAGAAAACUGGCUGUCAACUUUGGUGCACCAAAAUCUUCAGAAUAAAUACUGUAGCUAGAUUGAUUUUAUCUUUCCUCUUCCCCCAGUGUUUUUUGUAUAUAUAUAAAAUUUCAUAUAUAUAAAAUUUAUGAUUUUUAAGGAUAGAUAUAGAGAUAUAGAUAUAUAUAUCCUUAAAAAAAUCAUAGUGCUAUUUAGAAAAAUCAACCAUUUUAAGUAUGAUUUUAUUUUUCCUCUUAGCCCAGUGUUUAUAUCUUCUUUAAAAAAUCAUAAAGCAUUAUUUAAAAAAAAUAAGUAUAAUAAAGAGUGAGACGUUUCAGUUGCUAGGCUUUUCCAGGCUGUUGAUAAAUACAUAUAACAAUUAUGUUAAAAAUUGAUUAAAGAUCUUGACUUAAACUGAUAAAAGCCGGAAAAUCCUGAAUUAAGGUCACCACACGAUCCAUUGGUGCCUAGGUCUCUGAACACUGGCUUACAUUCUAUAGCGGGUGAGCAGCAAUAAUAUUAGAGUGGGAAUCCUAAUUCAGAAUUGCCUUGCUUUUGUGGUGGGGUAUGGGGCAUUGCCUAACAUGAGCUUUUGUAUUUUAACUCCUUUUUUAUAAAAUAGAGAAGGCUUUUAUUUACUAAAUUUCGUAUUUAUUGGGUCUCUAGGUCCUUCUGAUCUGAAGGAGUGGAAUAGAAGUGUGGUGGCACUGCCAGAUUUGCUGUCACUACAUUCAUUUCUAGGUUUCAUACCAAAUGGUAGCAGUUCUAAAACUCUCAGAAGUUAGAAAUCAUUACAUAUCUAGAAUUAUUGUUACAGGAUGAAUUUUACAAAAUGGCAAAGUAGAUGGGUUGCUAACAGAGAAGGGGAAUAAAUUAAUUGGAGACCACAGGCUUAUAGAAUACAGGAAAUGCAAAUUGACUUGCGAACAGAAGUUCUCACUUCAAAUUAUAUUAAUAAAGUUGCUAGUUAUGAUUCAUUUUAAUAUCUGACUCCACUUUACUAGUUAACCAACAUACAUCUCCACUACACAUCCACAUGCACUUCUUCAUGGACUCCAAAAGCCACAAAAAUCCUGAAUUUUCUAAAUUAUAAAAGGAGUAGAGUGCAAAGGUAUUUGUAUAUAGCAUGUUAAUUAAACUCAUGUCAUCCUUUGAGCCAAUUUCUCCCAUCUACAAUUUUCACCAUAGAGUGAACUUUGUAAUCUGGCAGUUUCUCUUUUCUAAAUUAUUAUUUUUUUGUUUGUUAGCUGACUUUUAAUAGAUAUUUUAAUUUCAUGAUAAUAUAUGGUGGCAGAGGACACACUAAAUUGUCAUCCCUGAGUUAGAGUUCUAAGCUUUUUCUCUAAUAACAUCCAGACAAAAAAAAUUUGAUUUACCUUUUUGGAGGGAAUUAUCACUUUAACUAGUAAUAUCUUCAUUCUUUAUGUAUCUACUCUAUCUAAAAGAAAGAAAAAACUGAAAGAGCCUUGUACUAUCUUAUGAUCCACGCAUCCAUAAAUGAAAAUUGUAUGGAUCCAAAGCAAAACUUGGUCUGAUGUCUCUUCUCAUUUGGCACACUCUGCAGAUGUUGGCUGGAUCUGCACCACCAUUUUUACCUUAUUCUUGUCUGUCCUGGUGAAAAUACUUUUCCUCCAAACCCUAAAAGCAUUAGUGAUGUGUCAGACUUUAAUCAGUGAUUCAAUACAUUGUCUCUAAGCAGACUUCAUGCAGCACAUGCAAGUUUGCAGAAUUUUCCUCCAUUUGUCUUGCUAUUUUGCCAAGGUAACAUAGCUUCACUUUCCUAUAGUAGUGUCUAAUUUCAUCUCACAGAUGUUUCUCUUGCUAAGGUUUUUGAUUCAUUUGCCCAAAACUGUUUGUCUCCUCUCUGCUGUCCUUCCUUUCAGGGGACUUUGAUAGCUAUUGCUAUUUCUAUCCUGCCCGUAGACAGUGUGUUCUCUCAGAAAUUUUAUUCUGUCUUUUUUGGCCAGAUACUUGUCUUCUGGGCCUCUGAUACCCCAAUCCUUUUAUAGUAGUCUGUACAUAAUCAUAAAACUCUUCUGGUUAAUCUGGAUUGACUGUAGAGAUGACAGAAUCUGUAUGUGGAUCCAGUAUAUUUAAACCCUGAUUCCAGAAAUCAUGUCGUUUCAGGAUUAUUUUUAUGUCGUGCCUUGUUAGUCAUUCAAAAUCCCUGCACAUCUCCAGGCUAGAAAAGCAAACUGCAGGUCUUUACACUGAUUAACUUUUGUACAACUUUUUUUAAGGAGAUAGUGAGUCUCUCAAUAGCAGCUAGCUCCUACUUUGUCUCAAAGGUUCAUCUGUAUUCUGCUGCGUUGGGUGCUUUUCCUUAAAUCUAAUGCUUUCCAAUGUGAGUUCAUUCUUCACAAUGUGAAUUUUAAGAUCUUUAAUUAUUAAAUUGAUUGAAACAAUUUCUUGUUUAAAUUAACUUAGAUUUAUAGGGUUCAAAAUCCUGUUUCUCAGUGGCAACAUCUAUUAAAAUAUAUUAACUCUGUCGUAUUUUUUGAGAUUUGCCUUUUAGAGGAUCUUAAGGUACAUUCCACUAAGUUGACCUUCACAAUGUAUCGCAUCAACAACAUUAGGGAUGAUGUUGGCAUGAUACUGAUGCUGGCAUAAAUAUUUUUAAAAUGUUGCUUCUCCUAACUAGAUUUCCAGACCCUGAGUUCCCAGUCUCUUGUACUAUUAUUUGAUCUCCAAGGCGCGAUCUUUUGAAAAGCUCCCAUUAUGGAGAAAACUGCAUUAUGUUCUGCUAGCACACCUACAAACCUUCCUAAGAGAUUCUAAUCUCCAUAAAACCUUGUUUUUCAGUGUUAUCCCCAAGAUUACGUGACUAGUAGAUGCUGAGUGUGGAUACUAGAGUCUCUGCUGAAAUACUGAAUUACAUAGUUUAUAAUGUCCUCUUGUAUCUAGAUAGCCAGAUAUGCAGAUAUGUAAAGAAUGAUUUGUGAAGGAGACUAUGUCAAUGCCAGUAUAAAUAAACCUUUUUUUUUUUCAUGAAAUGGUUACUUCUUUCAAACCAGGAGCUGAAUUUUUUUCCCAGUGCCACUGAAACUGCCAUAUUAAAUUUCUAUACAUAAGUUAAAUAUUUGAUUCUGUAUCUGCUGUGUAUUGUAUUAGCUCCUAGUUACCCUUACUGACCAUUUUAUCUGUAUUUAUGCGUUCUGUAAUGUCCACUACCUGGUGCCCAAUCAACUUACUUUAGCUUUCACAUGUUCUGUUACAUGUGAUACGUACAUUGACCUAUGCCAUAUCAUCUAUUAUUUCAGCUCUUUUGUUUUAUAUUCUAUGUCAACUCUGUAAUUAUGUUUAAUUCAUACAGGUAUAACUUUAAACAUUCAUUUUUCUCAUAGAUAUAAAGUAUUUUGUAAGUACUGGAAUUUUUCAUUAGAUCUUAUACAGAGCAGUAUUUUAUUAAAAAUCCAGAAGGGAAGACUUUUAUGUGUGCAUUUUUGUAGUUUGAUUUUUUUAAAAUAACUUUUCAUUGUUUAUCUGCCAAGUGAAAUGUUUUCAAUUUGCAUAUGAAUGGAUAUGGAAUGUAUUUUUUUGUCCUGUUUAGUGUUAAGUUGUGCAUCUGCAGAUUUCUAGCAUGUAGUUGCAUAAAGGACUGUGCAAACAUAUUUUAAAAUAUGAACUUAAGAUACACUGAAGGAUAAAAAUUAUUCAUAAGAGUUAAAUGCUAUACAGAAUUUUAAUUCAACAGAAUAAUUUUAUAAACCUGUUCGUUGUCUGCUUGGAUUAAAUAUUGAAACUAGAAA